AUGAUCGGACAGUGUCUGGGGAGUCCCACUGCGGCCAGGGAACCUAUUUUAAGUAAGCUCAUCUUCUGCCCUCCCAACAGGCCCUGGUUCUUCAGUGGGCUUCUGACUCUUCUUAUCUCAUUGUGCGUCCUCUACAGAACCAAGUCCCUUAACCCCAAUGCCGCCCCCUUUGUUCCACGGGCCUUGCCUACAGUCUCAAGGAGCUCCGCCCUGCUAUCGUUAACCCGUACUGGGCGGCACCCCGAUGUCGAGUCCACUGGAGAAGCGUCGGAAAAGGCAGCAGAAGCAGCAACAAGAACAACGUCAAAAGAUGAAUGCACAGGAGCAGCGAGAGUAACUGCAUCGGACGCCUCUACCUCUCGAGAGCCUCAGCAUCAUGCAGUGGAGUCCCAGCGCAACCCAGACGAGAACUAUCAACAUACUCUUCUCCCCUUCAUGAGUCUAGACGAAGAGCAAAACCGCAAAAAUUCUUCAGCUUUCAGCCAAAGGGCUCCUCCGCGAGUGCAGACAGCGGGAAUACUUUGGAAGUACCCGUCGACUCUACGGGAAAAUGAACCCAGGUUUCAGCACAUAUUCAUAAAAAGCAGGCCUCGAUCCCAUUCGGCCCCCUCAAAUGCCGCUGCAGUAGCAGAGAGAUUAAAAGCCUCCUUGGGAAAUUGCAGAUACACCCCGGUUUCUUUGCUUGGUCUAAGGAGGCAAGCUCUUUUGCUAGCAUCGUCAUUCGAGGACCUUCAAUUCAUGCUGCAGCAGCAGCCAGCGCGGUGCACAGAUGAAUUGUUGUCAUCUGUACUAUGCGCACCCCCGUCUGCCAUUUCUGCUCCGAAAGGUGUGAAAGUAAUCGCCCACUUGCAUUCAGUCUUCUCUUCAGCGCCAGCUCCCUGCGCCCCGAGGACCUCACAGCCCGAUGUUUCUAGCGUACCAGCACCCCCACCGCCGCCUCCUCUGCAAGAAGAAAGCCUUCAAUAUCGGCGAGGCCCUUGGGAGCAUCUUCACAAGUACAAGCCUCCUGGCUGCCCUGGGACGCGUGCAGCUCAAUGGGAGGGUCGCUCCAGUGGUGGGCCUCUCUUGCCCCUGCCAAGAUCCUCACCAGGAGGCCCACCUCUUCUUCCCACUCCAAGGGUCCCACCCCUUACACUUUCCUCACUUCACCCGGUGGAUAGGGGAUGGUUGCCAAACAGCUACUGCAUCUCCUCUGGGCCAGCAACAGGCGUAAAAGGAGCAGCACAUCCUGGAGUUCCCUGGGUCAUGGGGGGAUUCUUUAAAGAACCAACGCCUAUGAUUCAUCCUGUUAUGCAGCAGGGGGAGCCUCAGGUUUCCCUACAAAGGCUGUUGCUGCAUCAACAUGAGUUAAUGAAGCACCAGCUGCUACAACAACGUCAACAAGGGAGCUCACUGCCUGCUCCCUUGGAGAGCAAGAGUUAUCCUACGGAGCAGCACGUUGAACGGGCACAUAGAGAAUUCAAGUUUCCAAGGAAAAACUCUGGGUUUCCUAGACAGCGUCGAAACAAACAAAGCCCGCUGGAACUGCAAAAGGCGCCCGAUAUUUUGCGCAGGACGGUGCACGGCAACCAAGGGAUUGAGCCUCUGUCUCCGUGCCUUACUCUAUCGUACGAAGCAGCAAUCCACAAGCUACUGGGAAUGGUCAACUCACUGGUGUUGGCUCGCUCAUCUUGUAAAGAAGUGCGAGAACAGCAAUAA